GGCACGAUCCAGAUGAGAAAGCGCCGCUCGACAUGCAAGGCAACUUCGGUAUGCUCCUCGGCGGUCUGGCCAUGGUCACCAAGAACAAAUCGGCAGCUUGGCUGGGAAGCAUCGCUGCCAUCUCUGGCUUCCUCAAUAAUCUCGGCAAUCUCGGUCAGAGUACCGGGUCGCCCAUCAACGGCCUCAUGAUGAGCUUGCUCAGUCUGGUCAUGCUCUACCUACCGCAGGUCCUCGACGUCGCCGCCGCUCCCGUCAGCCGGCCAUCAUCAUGAUACAGCGUGUUGUCAUCAUCAUACCUUUGUCACGAGCUGUCUUGUUGCGGGCUGUCGAGCCUUGCGGUAGUACAACGGAGGAAGCGAGCCAUACUCUGUAGCAGAUGGAUGAAGAUUACUCAUUAGGCGAUACUACCUAAGCCUGUCACCAGC